UAAGAGUCCGGGGACGUUGACUCUGGACUAGCAGCAGAUGUCGCUGCCCUCCCUUGAUACCCAGCUGUGCUUGCAGCUGGUUCUCUCUUGCAACUACUAAAGAAAAAUGCCCGGGAGGAGAAAACACAGCGAUCAUACGCAGAGGCCACCGAAAUCUCUUGAUCGCUCCCACCUGAAGUCCAAAGGCGGCUUAGCUCGCUCCUUGGAGAUUCCUGUCGCUCAGGCGGGGCUCCGCCCCUAAACUCCACCCCCGAGCCUGCCCCGCCUCUCCCAACAGGGCGAGGUCCGGAUUGGACAGCUCCGGGGCGGCCAAGGAUGACCACCCUCACGCGCCAAGACCUCAACUUUGGCCAAGUGGUGGCUGACGUGCUCUCCGAGUUCCUGGAGGUGGCCGUGCACCUGAUUCUCUAUGUGCGCGAGGUCUACCCGGUGGGCAUCUUCCAGAAGCGCAAGAAGUACAACGUGCCGGUUCAGAUGUCCUGUCACCCGGAGCUGAACCAGUACAUCCAGGACACACUCCACUGCGUCAAACCUCUCCUGGAGAAGAACGAUGUGGAGAAGGUGGUGGUGGUGAUUUUGGAUAAGGAGCACCGCCCAGUGGAGAAGUUUGUCUUUGAGAUCACUCAGCCUCCCUUGCUGUCCAUCAAUUCAGACUCCCUCCUGUCUCAUGUGGAGCAGCUGCUUCGAGCCUUCAUCCUUAAGAUUAGUGUGUGUGAUGCUGUCCUGGAUCACAACCCUCCAGGCUGCACGUUUACAGUCCUCGUGCACACAAGAGAAGCUGCUACUCGAAACAUGGAGAAGAUACAGGUCAUCAAGGACUUCCCAUGGAUCCUGGCAGAUGAACAGGAUGUCCACAUGCACGACCCCCGCUUGAUACCCCUAAAAACCAUGACGUCAGACAUUUUAAAGAUGCAGCUCUACGUUGAAGAGCGAGCGCAUAAGAACAGCUGAGGGCAUGCCUGUCACCGGCUACCCAGCUGUCCCACUCUGGGGCCCCAGCCCAGGGCCCCAGACUCUAAGUGCUCUUAUUGCCUUGACAUGUGGCUGCCCCUUUGGUCAGGCUGCCCAGCCCUGCUUGCCUUCGUGAGGCAGCCUUCCCAGGAGCUAGGGAAGGAUGCGAGGACACACACCAUUUCUCAGCAGCCUCCUGGGCUCAGCUGGCUAACAUUGUCCAUCUGAAAUACUGUGCCGUGCGUUAUUGUUAAUAAAGUGGCCCCAAGGGCUGACUACAUUGUCAUUAACCAAA